GAGCUUUUCGAUAGAGAGCUACGAGGACUUUGACACCUGUUCGAAAGAGACACGAGACGACGUGCGCACUUGGACACAUAGGUGUACUUUAUGACAUACGCAUUGGGAGCGUAUAAGAGGUCGUGCUGACAAUAUACACAUUUGACUUUUGGAGUGUUUGGGGACACCGCGCACCGGGAUCUACUUUUUUAAUCACGUGAAUUUGGGUUAUUUUCACCACGUCCAUGUCUGAUAUAUACAACCUGGACUCUCAGUGCGUGUCUCCACAAUGCAACAUGAGCUGGGCCGUGGAGCCUGCCAACUUUUAUGACAGUAAAGUGUGCCCAGGGGAUGCCAAGUCGAGGAUGCCCGGAGCCGAGCAUGGCAUCGCCGAGGACAACGGCAGCAGCAUGGUGGAGCUGAGCAACGCGCCCGCCAUCUACGACGACGAGAGCGCGAUAGACUUCAGCACCUACAUCGAAUCCAUGGCCACGGUACCCCUGGAGAUCUGCAACGACGAACUGUUUGCAGACUUGUUUAACAGCGCCGUGAAGCAGGAAAAGCCAGACUUCUACCUGGCGAGCCACGCGCAAUUGGGGAGCGCGGGCACCUUUCCUCAAAGGAGCUUGGAGAGGGUACAGCACCAGGAUGGGGGCUUUGGAAAGGGCGCGUACUGCGCACCGAUCAAGAAAGAGGCGGACUGGAGCGACAGCGACGUGUCCUCUUCGCUACCGUCUCAGAUCGAGACGUGCGCGCAGACUUCGGUGAGCCUCCACACGGGACAGCCGACGCCGCCCACCACACCCGAACCCGAGCCUGUCACUCGGUCGUCCGGCCAGAGGAGGCUGGGAAAGGAGAAGGGCAAAAAGAACGUAGACAGACACAGCCCGGAGUAUCGCCAGAGACGCGAGCGCAACAACGUCGCCGUGCGUAAAAGCAGGGACAAGGCCAAGCAGCGCAACAUGGACAUGCAGCAUAAGAUGAUCGAGCUGGGCGCGGAGAACGAGCGCCUGCACAAAACCAUCGAGCAGUUAUCGAGGGAACUGGGCAGUCUCAGAAACUUCUUCAAACAGCUUCCCGAACCUGCAUUUGGGACUGGGGCGCGCACGGCUGUUGACAGUCGGUGACGCGCGAGCCCCUAAAGAAUCCUGACAAUUUUCUCUCCAACAUACCUCAAUGAACUUUAACCGCGAUUCUCUGUAGCAUACGUGCCUUACGUUACACCUUGGAUAACGGACUUACUUGUCGUGAAAUGUUUUUUGUAUUCUAAAUUAUUACGGAAAAGCUUCAUUUAUGUUUUUAUGGUACCUGUUUUAUAAUUCCAAACGUCUUAUAAAUGCCAGAGCAUGUUUGAAACUUUACAGUGUGUACAAAUGUGUAUAAUAAAACGAUGUGAAUUUCAAAAAAGCUA